AUGGCACCCCGUUUGUUAAACAAGAUAUGUAUUAUCACCGGUACAGGUGGUAGUAUGGGACGUGCAGCAGCCCUCAAGUUUGCCCGAGAAGGAGCCAAAAUCGUCGGCUGUGACAUCAACCCCCUGAACGACACCGCAACCAUCGAAGCCGUACGAGAGCAAGGUGGUGAAAUGGUAUCUAUGUCCUUAUGUGAUCUCACAAAACGUGAAAACUGCGAGCGACUUGUGACCCUAGCCAUCAAUACGUAUGGACGCAUUGAUGUGCUGUACAACAAUGCGGGAAUGGCCCAUAUGAGCUGGCUCGAUGACGGCAAGGAUGAUGACUGGUACAAAACAAUUGACCAGGAGUUAAGCCUUGUCUACCUGUUGACUCGUGUCGCAUGGCCGCACCUGAAGAAGUCUGGUGCAUCCAUCAUCAAUGUUGGAUCUGCCAACGGCUGGAUCGCGAUUCGUCCCGUGCCUGGUAUCGCCCACACAGCUGCGAAAGCGGGUGUUAUUUCCAUGACCCGCCAGUUGGCCAUGGAGGGGCGUGCGCAUGGUAUCCGGGCCAAUUCAAUCUCACCAGGUCUUAUUCAGACCUUGCAAACCGCACCUUUGCUUGAGGACGCGGAGUGGGCCUCAGACGUGAUGCAAAAAAUCAUGAUUGGACGCAUCGGUCAGCCAGAGGAGAUUGCCGCUGUGGCUAGCUUCCUUGCUUCAGAUGAGAGCUCCUAUAUCACUGCUGCGGAUAUUCGGGUCGAUGGUGGUAUGACAGCCUGGUAG